AUGAAAACACCAGAAUUCAGUUUAGAUUCUUUAAAAAAGAAAAAUAGAAAAAAAAAAAAAAAAAAUUUGAAUUACGAAAAACUAAGCGCGCAUUACUUCCUAAAGUUACCAAUAUUUAUAAUAUUGAUGAUUGCAUUUUCUUUAAAUGCAUUUAUAUAUUUAUUUAUUAGAUUUUUUAUAUAUUUUUUUGAAAACGUAUCCUUUUAUAUAAUAACUAAGUAUAAAGAUUUUAGUAGAUGCGUAAAAAAAAAAAACUAUCUGAAAGAAAAUAAGGAUGAAGCAUUUUAUAAGAAAAAUGAAAGUACUUUAAAGAUUGAGCGUUUAAUGAGAGCUUGUAAUAAUUAUUAUGAUUAUAUUAAGUAUGCAUAUCGAAUGGAUGUUCUAACAGGAAAAACUGUACAUAUAAAUGAAAAUGAUGAUUAUAUAAAUACAUAUGAUGUAAAUUUAUUAAAAAAGACAUCUGAAAGUAUAAAAAAUAAUUUAUUAAAUAAUGAUAUUUUACUACUUCUUGAAGAUAUUAAAAUCGCGACAUCACCUCAAAUAAAAGGAGUGUUUCAAGAAAAAUAUUAUUGUAAAACAUAUUCUUCACCACAUAUAAUAAUAACUGAUUUUAUCAAUAAUAUAUUAAAUGGAUUAAAUUAUAUAGAAAAUUAUGUAAAAGAGCAAAAAGAAAAAAAUUAUAAUUACCUAUCAUCAGAUGAAUAUUUAUUAAUUAAAAAAUAUUUUAAAGAAAUAUUUCGGCAAUGGGGGAAUACAGCAUUAUUUUUGAGUGGUGGUGCUAUUUUAGGAUUACAUCAUUUUGGUGUUUUAGAAACCUUUUUAAAAUCAUCCAUUAAUAUUGAUUACAUUAAUAAUUUUACUAAAACAAAUAUGAAAAAAGAAAAUAUUUUAAAAACGAAAAAAAAAAGUGUAUUCUUUAAAAAAAAAAAUCAUUGUAACAAAAAUAAUAGUAUUGAUAUGAAAGAUAACUUAAAAAUAAACAAUUUAUUUUUAAAAGAAAAAAAAAUGAAGAAUAACAAAAAUAGAAAUGUUACUAAUAUUACUUCUAAUCGUAAUAAUAUUUCUCUAAUGCAUAAUGAAUUGAAGUUUUUUCAUAAUAAUGAUAUAAAAACAGAAGAAAGUAAUAAUACUGAGGAUACUGAACAAAUUAAAAGAAAAUUAAAAAAUAAUAUAAGUAAAAAUAGUUUUAAUUGCAUAAAUAAAAUAAAAAAUGAAAAUAAUGAUGACCAAAUAAAAUUCAAAGAUAACAUGAGAAAUCUAAAAAUUAAAGAAAGUGUUAUAAACUCACAAGAAAAAGAUGUGAAUAAUUUUGGUAAAAAAAUUGAAGAUAAUUUUAUAAAAAACAAUAAAAAAGAUUAUUUUUUAGGUAAUUCAGAAAAUGAUUUUGUUAAAAAUUUUGAAGAUAAUAUUAUGCCACAAAUAAUAUGUGGGACUUCAGCUGGAAGUAUAAUUGCAGCAUGGAUAUGUUCAAGAACCAACAAAGAAUUGUUAGAAGAAUUUAAUAUUGAGUUUAUUUAUAAUAUCGUUUCAUGUUUUUCUUCAGAAAAUCGUUUUUAUUCUUUUUUUAAUAUUUAUAAAAAGGGAAAUUUUUAUGAUAUUGAUAAAAUUGUAAAAAUUAUUUAUAAAUUAUAUGGUGAUAUAACAUUUUUAGAAGCAUUUAUUAAAACUAAUUUAGUAUUAAAUAUUACUGUUACUAGAGCUGAAUGUGAAAAUAACAAUUUUAGUUGUGAUGAAGAUGGUCAUAUUGUUUUAAAUUAUAUGAGUUCACCAAAUGUUUUAAUUUAUACAGCUGUACUGGCUAGCUGUUCUUUCCCCUAUUUAUUGCAACCAUUUAAAUUGUUAGAAAAAAAAUAUAAUAAAGAAAAUGUUUAUCACUUUAUGUCAAUAAAGCAAAUAAAUAAUUCAAAAUUAAUAUUACAUAGUACUAGUAAUGAUACAUAUAAUCAAGGAAUUUCAAUGAAAGAAGAUGAUGCCUUCCCAAAUUCAAAUACUGGAAGUAUGGAUAGUAAAUAUGAAAAAAAAGAGGAUAAUUUAAAUAAAGAUAAUUCGAAUAAUGUUAAAAAUAAUUGUUACAAUAAUUAUUUUAUUUCAGAUAAUACAAAAAAUAAAUAUAAUGAAAUAUAUGAAAAAAAAGAUUCUUAUUAUGGAAAUGUUGAUAUAUAUAUAAAAGGGAAGAAUAAUCAUAGUAAAAAUGUUUCACAAAAAAGAAAUAAUGUAGAUAAUACAUUCAAUAAAUCAAAUAAAAAAUAUUUACAUAAAAAUAACCAAGAUAAAAUAAAUAAAAAAAUGGAUAAAAUUAUAUCUAAAAGUGAUAACAAAAUUAUAAGUAAAGAUACAUCAGAUUUCUCUAUGGAAAACGAAAUCAGCAACACAGAAAAUGAAACGAAAAUUAAAAACACAUCUGAUAUUUCUGAUAUGUUCAUUGAUGACUUAAAAAAUUUGAUGAUAAAUAAUGAUGAAAUGCAGAAACACAAUAAAAAAACUUUGAAUAAAUUUUCUACAGAAAAAAUAUUAAAAAUUGAAAAUUGUGAUAGUGAAUAUGAAAAAAUAAAUGACAUUAAUUUAGAGGAAAAUAAAAGGAAGCUUAAAAUAAAUAGUAAUAAUGAAAAUGUAAUAAAGAACGGAAAUUAUGAAAAACAAAAGAAUAAUGAAUCUAUUGAUUUUAAUGAAUAUAAAAAUAUAAAUUUAUUAAAUGAAGAAUAUACGAUAAUAAAUAGUGUUCAAUUUAAAAAUAUGUAUUUUCAUGAUGGUUCAUUAAAAAGCGAUAUACCAGCACGUAAUUUAAAUCAAAUAUUAUCUGUUAAGUACAGAAUUGUUUCACAAGUAAAUCCUCAUGUAUUUCCAUUUAUCGGUGUAAGAGUUCAUGGUGAAGCUGGAAAGCCAGUUAAUUGGAGAGGGAAUUAUGGUAAUUGGAGAGCUGGGUUUUUAAUGUCAUGUAUGGAAAUAUUAUUCAAAGAAAACAUGAGAUAUAUUUUAAGAUUAAUGGCUUUAUUAGAUCUAUCACCAACAAUUAGAGGGUUAAAUGCUGGUUCAAUAGCUAUGCAA